AUGGGCUCGCGGCUGGGGCGGCAGAGCAGCCUGGAGGAAGAGGCGGCGGCUGCAGGGGAGCCGCCCCGGCCCAAGAAGAAGCAGCAGAAGCAGGGCUGCCGGGGCCCGAAGGAGCCCCCGCUCCCGCCGCGGCGCCGCCCGGGCUUCCCGCUGGCCUCGCGGCUGCUGAGCUCCGAGAAGCUGCCGGGGGUGCUGCGGAAGAGCAGCCCGGCGCCCCCCUACGUGCGCCGGGUGGGCUGGAUCCGCGACAUCCAGGCGGCCCUCCGCCAGCGCCGCCGCGACCAGGCGACGCGCACCCUCCGGCUUCUCCGCAAGGUAAACACGGACCGACGGGGCGGGACGGGGCCGCGGCCUCGACGGAGCCCCCGGGGCCGCCCUUUGCUCUUUUCAAGCCGCGAGACUUGCCGGCAGACGGCUGCUCGAUGGGCACCGGGCCAGACCGGGGGAGCUCGACGGACUUGGGGCUGGGCGGCUAAGGGGCGGCCGCACCGACGUGCAAGGCUUUGUUCCCUGCUCAGGGCGUGGCUGGCAAGGGGGCGUGCCGGGCUUGGGGCCAGGCGAGCCCCGUAGGGACGCGACGCCCCGCCGGGUGUCCCCUGGCCAGGAUCCGACGGCGCGUCCGAGUCCCCGAGCUGGUGCCCGGCGCGGGGCAGAAGCCUUGCCCAGCGGGCAUCGGCGCAGGCGCAAGUUGCCCGAGGUGCCACCUGCCCUUGCCGCGGCCUCCAAGGUCGCCCGAGGGUCCUCGGUGGAGGGAGGCGAGGAGUUUGCGCCACGCCGUCGGGGAUUCCGGGCGGUGUAACGUCGCUGCCGCGAGUCAUCUCCGUGCCCCGCCCGCCCCUUUAUGAUUCUUUCGUAGCUGGCUGGCGCUGUAGGAAGAUGUACGCUCUCGGCUGAAACUAAGGACGUUUUGAAAUAAAAGCAGAAUUUUUAAAAGUGGGAAAUAACCAAGCAGCAAUCUCAGAGUGGUUCUGGCUGGGGGCUGAAGGGAGUUGUACUCCAAAAGUCCUGGAAAGCACCAGGUUGUGGGGAAUAAGUGUUUUAGAUCCGACACCCACGGUGAGUUGGAGAACAAGAGAUCCUAAGAGGAUGCUUGCCAUUUUCACACUCCUCUCUCCAUUUACACGGGGGUUACAUUCUGAGGCACCUCGUGUUUAAGGGAAAAUGCAUAUAUUGGGAACACCAUUAAAAAAAGUCUGCAACACCCUCUAAAUCUCUGGAAACCCUAAAAAAAGCAAAACCGAAAUCGCUCCCUCCAAAUCUCCUUGCUAAAACUCCAACUCUGCACAGGCCUCAAAGGUCAAUGCAAAGGCUCAUGGGAUUGCUAGACACUAUUUUCAUGCCGUUUUUGUGCUUUUUAGGGCCGUUUUUUCUCCUUUCCGUGCCACUGCUGGGUUCUCAGUUGCAUGCUCACAUGGUUGUGUGUACUUCGAACACACGUAAAUAGGGAAUUGCCCAGACUAUCGUCAUAAUCCUCAUCAGUAUUAAGUUUACCGUAUUUUUCCGUCUAUAAGAUGCCCCCAUGUAUAAGACACCCUCUAUUUUGGGGGACUCGGAUUUAAGAAAAUGGGGGGGGGGAGACGGCCCCAUGUAUAAUAUUCCCCCUAAUUUUUGACAUUAUUUUUAAGGGGGAAAACCUAGUCUUAUACAGAGAAAAUAUGGUAUAUUCCAUCCUCUUCUCAAUAAACCCCUGACCAGCAAACGAUAAAAUAUACAAUCUUUUAAAAAUGAAAGCACCAUUACUUCAUUAAAUAUAUGCAAAUCAUUGUAGUUGAUCAAGACUGCAGUUCCAGUUAUAUACUUGGAAGGAAGCCCCCACCCCACCCCAUCCCACCCCAAAUUCAUCUGGGCUUCCUUGCCUCCUCCACCUCCAAUGCUCCACAGGUAGAACUUUGCAAGCCUAGCGAGACCGUCUUAUUGUACCUCUUGGAAAUAUCAAGAGAAAGGUCAUAUAUUUAACAGAAGAAACUUCAAGUACCUCAAGCGCAAUUUGCAGCAACACCCUCAGAACCCCUUUGCCCCAAACCCAGCUCUCCUUUGACCAGAGAAGUCAAUUAUUACUGAUAAUUAUCAUUAGCCUAUGAAGGAUGGAUUUAUGUCUUUCUUCCAAAGUAAACCCAAGUAGCUUGUGCAACAUAAACACAGGACAAGGGGAAAGAAAGAACCCAUCAUCCCUUUUUUUUAAAAAAAGGCAGAGGCGGAGCUGUAAGUCUUUCAUACAUGUCAGCUUAACUCUUUGCAAAGGAAUAAAAAAGUAAAAUAGGCAGCAUUUUAUCCUAUCCGUGGUAAAAUUAAGGCAGUGUUUGAAUUGUGUUUCAGAAUUUGGAAUCCUUUAUCUUUCGCCUGAAUUUUUUUCCUCUUUUCCCCACCCCUCUUCAAUGUGAGGGAAGGAUCCUUCCAGGUUUGGUGGAUUCCCCAGCUGAUUGAAAGAGAAGCAUUUUGGGGAGGAUUUUUUGGGGGGGGAUUCCUCUGGAUGGAGGUAGGGAGGGGCCCGUCUGGCUGCCAGCCAAUCAGUAGUGGGCAGGCAGAUUAAUAAUUAAUAAUAAUAAUAAUAAUAAUUUUAUUUAUACCCCACCCUCCCCGGCCAGAGCCAGGCUCAGGGUGGCUAACACCAGUAAAAUUACAGUAAAAACAUAAUAGGGGGGGAAAACCAAGUUAAAAUACAGGUUAAAAUGCAAUUUAAAAUGCAGCCUCAUUUUAAAAGUAGCCCAUAGAUCAAAACCAUAAGUGGGUGGGGGAACAUAAGGGUCAGACUAGUCCAAAUUUAGAGGUCCGUCCCGGAUUUUUUUUGGGGGGGGGAGGACAGGCUGAGAUGUAGCUCCAGCCGGGUUCUGCAUCCACCUUUGGGUGAGCAAUCCUGGCUAAAAUGUGGGGGUGCAAACGCCCUGAGGUUGGGUUCAUGGGAGUUGUUCUACCAAAAGUGGUAGAACAAAAAGAGCCUGCAGACUGUCUCGCCAGAGUGGUGCAUGCUCUGGUUAUCUCUUGCUUGGACUACUGCAAUGCGCUCUACGUGGGGCUACCUUUGAAGGUGACCCGGAAACUACAACUAAUCCAGAAUGCGGCAGCUAGACUGGUGACUGGGGACGGCCACCGAGACCACAUAACACCGGUCUUCAAAGAUCUACAUUGGCUCCCAGUACGUUUCCGAGCACAAUUCAAAGUGUUGGUGUUGACUUUUAAAGCCCUAAAUGGCCUCAACCCAGUAUGCCUGAAGGAGUGUCUCCACCCCCAUCGUUCUGCCCGGACACUGAGGUCCAGCUCCAAGGGUCUUCUGGUAGUUCCCUCACUGCGAGAAGCAAAACUACAGGGAACCAGGCAGAGGGCCUUCUCGGUAGUGGCGAUUGCCCUGUGGAACGCCCUCCCAUCAGAUGUCAAAGAGAUAAACAACUACCUGACAUUCAGAAGACAUCUUAAGGCAGGGAAGUUUUUAAUGUGUGACAUUUUAGUGUAUUUUUGGUCUUUGUGGAAGCCGCCCAGAGUGGCUGGGGAAACCCAGCCAGAUGGGCGGGGUACAAAUAAUAAAUUAUUAUUAUAAAGAUGGAGGGCAUCCUUCUCCCAGUUUUAACCUGACUUGGUGGCUUAAGGCUCCUUUCCCAUUGCGGCGCUUGAGCUUCAUCCACCCUUUCAGCAUCCAAUUGAUUCCCACCUCAUACUGAAACAGAACCAAAUUCCUCUUUAAUGGAUGGUUGUCUGUCUCAGUUGUUGGUCUUGGGUCCCCAUGUUUAUUUUUAAGGGAAGUCGCCAGCUAUCCUUCAAGUGCUCCGUCAGGGACAGAUUUUGCCAGGAAACCCUUCCUUGAGAAAGGAGCAGAGUAUUUAGCCCAGGAGGCUGUGAUUCUGCUCCUCUCCUCUAUAGAAGCCCCCCCCCCCCCCCGUUGCAACAUCUCACCCCCCUCCACACCCCCCUUGCCCAGAUUCUGAUCCCUCAAUUCCAUCUUCUGGCUUCUCCCUGCAGGACCUUGGUUUAGAAGGGACAUUCCUCAGUGAAGUUCUCUACAAGAACGCAGCCUUCCUCAACCUUGUGGAUCCCAUCUCCCACGAUCUCCUGAUGAGCCUUGCCCGAGACCUUCAGUGCCCCAAAAAGGUGAGCCCAUUAUGGGGUGUGCAUGUUUUGCUAGUUGGGCAGUAGGUGCCUGGAAGUUUCUUCUCCUCGGGUCCCUCUCUCAGGAAAUACAACAACAACAACAACAAUAAUAAUUUAUUUAUACCCCGCCCAUCUGGCUGAGUUUCCCCAGCCACUCUGGGCGGCUCCCAAUCAAGUGUUAAAAACAGUACAGCGUUAAAUAUUACAAACUUCCCUGAACAGGGCUGCCUUCAGAUGUCUUUUAAAGAUAGGAUAGCUGCUUAUUUCCUUCACAUCUGAAGGGAGGGCGUUCCACAGGGCGGGUGCCACUACCGAGAAGGCCCUCUGUCUGGUUCCCUGUAACCUCACUUCUCGCAAUGAGGCUCUCGGAGCUAGACCCCAGUGUCCGGGCUGAACGAUGGGGGUGGAGACACUCCUUUAGGUAUACUGGGCCAAAGCCGUUCAGGGUUUUAAAGGUCAGCACCAACACUUUGAAUUGUGCUUGGAAACAUACUGGGAGUCAAUGCAGAUCUCUCCGAACUGGUGUUGUGUGGUCCCGGCGACCACUCCCAGUCACCAGUCUAGCUGCCGCAUUCUGGAUUAAUUGCAGUUUCCGGGUCACCUUCAAAGGUAGCCCCACAUAGAGUGCAUUGCAGUAGUCCAAGCGGGAGAUAACUAGAGCAUGCACCACUCUGGCGAGAGACAGGCAGGUAGGGUCUUAGCCUGCGUACCAGGUGGAGCUGGUAGACAGCUGCCCUGGACACAGAAUUAACCUAAACCUCCAUGGACAGCUGUGAGUCCAAAAUGACUCCCAGGCUGCGCACCUGGUCCUUCAGGGACACAGUUACCCCAUUCAGGACCAGGGAAUCCCUCACACCCGCCCGCCCCCUGUCCCCCAAAAACAGUACUUCUGUCUUGUCAGGAUUCAACCUCAAUCUGUUAGCCGCCAUCCAUCCUACAAGCCUCUCCCCAAAGCACUCACAGAUGUCGGCAGGGUUUCCGGGGCAGCGCAGUCUAAACCAGCCAAGGUCAAAUGCAGGGAAUCAAACAAGGACAGGCUGCCAUCUGAGGUUGAUAUCAUAGAAGCUCAGGCAAGGAAGAAGCGAGGAGCCAGAGACCCGUGUUGUUUCCAGCAACUGGGAGGAAGAAGAGGGAGGCUUUAUAUAGGCCACAGCUACUGGUGAUAAAGGUGUUUCUGGGUUGCUUACUCACAAGGAGCUCCCUCACUCACAAGUGGCAUGAUGCCUCUGUAUCUGCAGGCACAUGCUAUGCCAUGGCUCUUUGGCUCAAGCCCCAUAAUGGGGCCGCCUCCGCCCAUCAUUCUGUGGCUGUCCAGGUAUCUUUAGAGAUGUUGGUAGCCCCUCCCCUCCUGAUCUGUUCUUAUUGCAGUUGGUACUCAGAGGUUGUAGGGACACGGGUGGCGUUGUGGGUUAAACCACAGAGCCUAGGACUUGCCGAUCAGAAGACUGGCGGUUUGAAUCCCCGCGAUGGGGUGAUCUCCCGUUGCUUGGUCCCUGCUCCUGCCAACCUAGCAGUUUGAAAGCACGUCAAAGUGCAAGUAGAUAAAUAGGUACCACUCCAGCGGGAAGGUAAACAGCGUUUCUGCGCACUGCUCUGGUUCGCCAGAUGCGGCUUAGUCAUCCUGGCCACAUGACCCAGAAGCUGUAGGCCGGCUCCCUCGGCCAAUAAAGCGAGAUGAGCGCCGCAACCCCAGAGUCGGCAACGACUGGACCUAAUGGUCAGGGGUCCCUUUACCUUUACUUACUCAGAGGUAGACUGCUCCUGAACUUGGAGGCUUUAAAAAAAUAAAGCUAUCAUGGCAGAGAGUCUCCUCUGGGCAUUUGCAUCAGCUCAGGAUGUAAUGUGUUGAGUCAAGCACUGCAGGGUGGUGGUGAGGUUUUGGAAUUGGGGAAGGGGCUCCCUUCGGGGAGGCUCCGUGUCCAGUACCUUGGCACUGAACAACCCCAAAAAUGCAGAAGAAAGAACAUCACGCACAAACACACCCCUGCAAAAAACAAAAAGAGAGUAAGCACUCUGAAGUUGCAGACAGCCACUCCCUUGCCUUUUCAGAGCAAUGAGGGCCACAUCUAAUGCAGCUGAGCUAGGCUUGUGGAGGGAGAAGCUGUUGUCAUGGGGGUGGGGGAACGGGAGAGGAAAAGGCCAGCCAGCCUCAGAGAUUAUUCUGCCUCAACAUCACUUGAGGGCCUUUGCAGAUUUGUGCCUUUAUUUAUUUAUUUAUUUAUCGGGAAGUUUUUAAUGUUUGGUGUUUCAUUAUGUUUUUAUGUGUAUUGGAAGCUGUCCAGAGUGGUUGGAGCAACCCAGCUAGAUGGGCACGAUAUUGUUGUUAUUAUUAUUAUUAUUAUUAUUAUUAUUAUUACAAUGGUACCUCAGGUUACAGACGCUUCAGGUUACAGACGCCACUAACCCAGAAAUAGUACCUCGGGUUAAGAACUUUGCUUCAGGAUGAGAACAGAAAUCGUGCGGCGGCAGCAGCAGGAGGCCUCAUUAGCUAAAGUGGUACCUCAGGUUAAGAACAGUUUCAGAUUAAGAAUGGACCUGCAGAACAAAUUAAGUUCUUAACCCGAGGUACCACUGUAUUAUUAUUACAUCCUUUAUCUGAACAUCCCAGCAUGGUGUACAACAUUUAAAACAUAAUUUACAUGGCGUAAUAAUAAUAAUAACAACAACAAAAUAAAACAACCACAGGAAGAAAAACCAUAACAGCAGUUUCCCACAAUUUUAUAAGGCCAUAGAUGGUUCAUUGGCCGAAGGCCUGGGUAAAAAGGGAUGUUUUUGCUUGGCGCCUAAAUACAUGUAAGGAUGGCACCAGGUGAGCCUCUCUGGCCUGGCUGAUAGCCCAGCAUCUCUGCUAAGAUGAGGUAAACCUGCAUCCAUAAAAUUCCUCUGGGUUCCAGCUCUCCUCUUUUCAGAGCAACCCUCACAUGGUGAGCUGCGGUUGCAGAGUCUACCCUGGAUGGCCGGAUUCGGUAUUCUUCCAGGGACAUGAAAACCCGAGGAAGCCAUGUAGGCCCAGGAAAAGACUCCAAAAACCAGUCUUAAUAAGGAUCGAGCGAAGGGAUGCGAAGCUUGCCACAGUUCUGUGACAUUUGGAAAGAAAGUGCCCAGCUGCGGCUUUUGGAGGUCUGGUUUGCAGAACAACAACACGGCUGCUUUUGCUGUUUAUUAUUUCACAGCGGUCUUAUUCCGCCAGGCUCUUCCCCUUUGAGCUGGCUCUGCUGACGCCUGAGCACCAGGACAGGAUGUUUUGGGGGAAAUGGAUCUGCAUUGAUCUGCAGGAAACUCUAGAGCUGUGGCGCAGGAGGGGGGGUGGGCACUGCACAAACGGAGGAGACCAGUGCCUGAGUCCCUGCCAAUGACUUCAGGUCUUCUGCUUUCAGGAAUACGACCCCUGGAAGUCCUCAGACCGGAUCUGCCGGCAGCUGAUUUACCACUUGACUCCUCAUUCCAAGUGGCACCGGCAAGGCCUGCCCCGGCGGAGGUCCCAGGCCAGGUGAGGGAUGAGGAUUGGGCUGGAGUCGGGGGUGGGGAGACUGGGUGCAGAUUUCAGGCAAGGAAUCUCUUCCUGGAGAUUAAAUAUCCCCUAAGUUUGCUCAUGAAAGGGAUGUGCCCUUAAGGACCAAACCUGUCAGACACAGCAUGACCAACCCAUGUUUUGAAGGUCUUUGUUGUUGUUGUCGUUUAGUCAUGUCCGACUCUUCGUGAUCCCGUGGACCAGAGCAUGCCAGGCACGCCUCUCUUCCACUGCCUCUUGCAGUUUGGUCACUCAUGCUGGUAGCUUCGAGAACACUGUCCAACCAUCUCGUCCUGUGUCGUCCCCUUCUCCUUGUGCCCUCCAUCUUUCCCAACAUCAGGGUCUUUUCCAGGGAGUCUUCUCUUCUCGUUAGGUGGCCAAAGUAUUGGAGGCUCAGCUUCAGGAUCUGUCCUUCCAGUGAGCACUCAGGGCUGAUUUCCUUCAGAAUGGAUAGGUUUGAUCUUCUUGCAGUCCAUGGGACUCUCAAGAGUCUCCUCCAGCACCAUAAUUCAAAAGCAUCAAUUCUUCGGCGAUCAGCCUUCUUUAUGGUCCAGCUUUCACUUCCAUACAUCACUACUGGGAAAACCAUAGCUUUAACUAUACGGACCUUUGUUGGCAAGGUGAUGUCUCUGCUUUUUAAGAUGCUGUCUAGGUUUGUCAUUGCUUUUCUCCCAAGAAGCAGGUGUCUUUUUAUUUCGUGACUGCUGUCACCAUCUGCAGUGAUCAUGGAGCCCAAGAAAGUAAAAUCUCUCACUGCUUCCAUUUCUUCCCCUUCUAUUUGCCAGGAGGUGAUGGUCUUUAGACCAGCGUUUCUCAACCUGUGGGUCCCCAGAUGUUGUUGAACUACAAUUCCCAUCAUGUCUAGCUAGCAAGGCCAGAGCUCAGGGAUGAUGGGAGUUGUAGUCCAACAACAUCUGGGGACCCACAGGUUGAGAACCGCUGCUUUAGACUCUGUUUUGAAGCUCGCCUCCUUCUAAAAACUGUCUUUUUCUUUCUCUCUCUCUCUCUUAGUCUGAAAAACAGCUUGCAAAAGAAGCUGAGCCCGGACACGAUGGAUCUAUCAGGGAUCCCCCUUUCCAUGAGAGACAUCCACCGCCUGGCUUACUACCUGCAGAACAAAGGUGAGGACUUGAGCACUGUGGACCUGAGCUUCACUGACCUGACGGACGAGAUGAUGCACCUCUUGCUGCCUUUCCUGUGGCCACUGCCCAACCUCACUCACCUCUCCCUCAAUGGGAACCGCCUGACCCGCGCCACUGUGAAGGACCUCACCGACGCCAUGAAGGAGGCGACCAAGUUCCCCUCCUUGGCGUGGAUCGACCUUGGCAACAACGUGGAUAUCUCGUCCAUGCCCCAGCCGCUGCUCGUGGGCUUGCGGAAGCGCCUGGGCCAGCACACCACGCUGCCCACCAUUUACGAGGUCCUUGACUGUGAGGCCGAACUCUCCAGUGGAGCAGAGGCCAGCCAGACAGAGGAAGAGGAAGGUGCAGCAGCUGGAAGCAAGUCCCACGACUUCUGUCCGCAGUCCUGCGAAAGGUGA